AUGUCGAAUCCCUCCGGAACCCAAGUCGACGCGUCGACAAAUUUCCCCAAGAACACAGGCGCAACACCCGGAGAAGGGUUUGAAGUCCGCCAAACCUCGACAUCCGCAGACUACAAGCCGGACCCAUCGAAAUCUCUCAAACUCAAUCCCGCCCGGCAAGCCCUCAUCGACGACAUCAUCGCCCUAUAUUCAUGCCAACCGACGGUCGAGCGCGUCAAACGCUACACGCCAGAUUGCGUCUACGACGAUCAGUUCGUGUACGCGAACGAUCGGUACAAGAUGGCAGGACAAUGGUUUGCGCUGCCGAAGCUGUUCAAGGAGUCCAAGAACGAAGGGUACGAGGUGAUCAAGAACGACCGUGACCUCAUCCAGUUCAAGAACGAGCAGAGUUGGACGUUCAAGCUGAUUCCCAAGACCGCCACCAUCAAUGCUCUCGUCAGUCUGAGUCUUGAUCCGGACAGUAUCGGCGAGAAUGAGGACUUCAUUCGUGUCAAGUACCACAAGGACCAGGCCAAUGACAAAGACUAUUCUCAUGAAGGAUUGGGCUUCAGCUUCAAGAAAUGGCAAGCCGACAACGUGGCCAAGAACAUGGACAGCAAGGAAGUCGAGGCAUUCAUCGCCGACAAAGGCGCCGCAAAGGAGGCGGUCAGGAAGUACGGUGAUGGAACGGGCGAUGCUCCCAAGAAGGAUUUCUGA